GGACAUGUUGCUUCACUACUGAGUUAACUUUUGACGAGUGAAGUUGGGAAGUGCUGUUCGGAUUUGUCGCCGUUUAGAACAUCUAUUGAGUGAAAAGGAAUUGAAGAAAAAGUCAACUGGAUUUAGAUAAAUAGUGAAGAGCCGAAGAGUGUAGAGCAAAAUACACUGCUAGUUUUCGGGUGGAUACAUCGAUAGCGCAUUUCGAAUAGUUAUAAGAAGAACCGCACAAGCGAUGAGCUACCAGUGCAUACUGGUGCUCACGCUGUCGCUCCUGGCGACGAGCGUGAGUUUAGCGAAUCCUGCCGCCGAGAAGGCCACUGCCAGCAGCAGUGCCUUGCCAAAGGCUCAGGAUCCUAUGUUCAACAAAAUGCUCGCCGAGAAAUCGGACAUUCCGAUGGCGCAUGAUCCCCGAUUCAACAAGAUGUACCCAGAGGUUGACUCCACGGAAAACCAAAUCGAUGACGAAGACAAGGACGCACUGCUGCCCAAGAAGCCUGCUUCCGAUCUGAACCCUAAGUACUCCCAGCAUGCGGCCGUUCUGAAGAAGCUCGAGAAGGAACAACAGCAGAAGCAACCGAAGGCGGAGUCUACCACCGUAGGAAUUGUCCCCAUCGACAACGCCGAGGAGAAGGAUAGCUUCGACGACGAUGAUAGCUACGAAGAUGAAGAUCUUCUUCCUAACGAAGACAUCAAGAAUAUCGACGAAGAAAUUCUUCUACCACAAAUCGAGGAUCUCUCAGACCUCCCGCCCGCUCAACCCUAUAAGGUUGAGUCCAAGGAAGUCGAUGUCAUUGAAGCAAAAGAGGUCGUCACAUCCCAAAAACCGACCACUAGCUCUACCACCGCUACUGCCCCGGUCUCAGUCAGCUCGACUGCUGCGCCCGAUGAGGAGUACUAUAAUGACAAUGAUGAGGAUAGCAGCGAGGAACUAGAGAACGAAAAGAUCGAUCCCCUAGCAAUUCAAAAACUGCUCGCAAAGAAUGCUCAGAAGUCUACCGAAGCCGCUCCAAAAACAUCUACCAUCACCGGUAAGCCGAAGCCAACCGGCAAAGCAAAGAGUUCGUCGACCACGGCCAAGUCUACGACUGGCGAAAACGAGAUCCUGGAUGAAAUCGACGAGGACGACGAAGACUACAUGUACAAGGACGAGUACGACGAUGAAGAUACCGGAGACGACAAGAUCGAUUUCGACGCCGUCAACAAGCUGCUGAGCCAAAAGAAGCAAAAGCAAAAGGAAUCGACCACAGCCACCGGCAAGAAAAACGACAGCAAGAGUGCUAGCCAAAACUACGCCGAGUACUACGACGAGGAAGACGACGACGAUGACGAUGACUACAACCUGGAGGAGCAAGUCCACCUGUGCCCACGAGAUUGCAUCUGUGAGCGUAACAUGCACGCCUACCUGGUCGCGACCUGCAGCCGGCUGGACCUGGAUACGCAAAAGUUCUCGCCAUCAAUCACCGAUCUUCAAGUUCUUGAUGUCGGUCCAAAAUAUCCGAUCGUAUUGAGUCCAGAGUUCUUCAAACAAAUUGACCUGUCCCACGUAGUCUCGAUCAAGAUCAGCAACUGCACGAUCGAGUACAUCAGCCCGACUGCUUUCGCCGGUCUGGACGAUCUGUACUCCGUCAAUCUCACCAACUCAGGAAUCGAUAUGCUCCAUCCGGAUACCUUUGCCAACAACACCAAGCUACGUCUGCUCACCCUAUCCGGAAACGAUCUAAGUCCCAUGCAAAGCGUCAACUACAACACUCCGUACACGGAGUACAUGCUGAAGGCUCCCUCUAUCGAAGAGCUGGAUAUUUCCAAAUGCAACCUGCAGGAUCUACUGCCAACGGCAUUCAAUGAGCUGAAAAACAUCAUCUACAUCAACCUGGCUGACAACAAGUUGCGAACCCUUCCGGAGGGCAUCUUCGACAAGGUGGAAACGAUCGAAGAACUGGACCUGUCGAUGAACAACAUCGCCGAACUGCCGAAGAACAUCUUCAACAAGACGUCCCUGGCUAUCCUACAUCUGAAGUACAACCUGAUCAGCAGCAACCUAGACUUUGUAACGACCGAUCUGCAGAAGCUUGACCUAAGCUACUGCCAGAUCCGCACCAUCAACGGUCAGAUGUUCAAGGGAAUGGAAGGACUUACCAAUCUGAUCCUGAAGGGCAACCGCAUCAAGAAGAUCAAUCAGAUUGCUUUCACCUCAUUGAAGAGCCUCCGCCAAAUCGAUCUGUCGCAGAACAAUUUGGAACAGAUUUCGUCUCUGACCUUCAUCGGUAACAAAGACCUGGAUAUCAUCAAAUUGAAUGACAAUCCCCGUCUGAAGCAGCUUCCGGCUGAAGGAUUCCAGAGCUCCUAUGGAACAUUCAAUGCAUACUUCCUGGACGUGUCCAACUGUGACAUCUCCGAAUUGGCCGACAAUACCUUCAAGACGAUGCCACAGCUGACCAGGUUGAAUCUGGCCUGGAACAACUUGCAAACCGUUGGCGCAGCGGUGCUGAGCCCAUUGGACAAGCUGAUGGAACUGGACCUGAGCAAUAACCUGAUUACGGAACUGAGCGAUGAGACCUUCCUGCAAAACAGGAAUCUAAAUAAGCUCAAUCUGUCCGGAAACCAGAUUUCCCGCCUGUCAGCGAAAUUGUUCCUGCCACUGCAAUACCUAAACCACCUGGAUGUUAGUGACUGCGACCUGCGAACCAUCUGGGAGUCAUCCGCUCCGAACGUCAAGAGUGCCAAGGUUCUUCCCAACCUGAAGCUGCUGAACGCUUCCUACAACGAAAUUUCCAUCGUGUACGUUUCGGACCUGGAAUCGAUGGCCAGUCUUCGGGUACUGGACAUAAAGAACAAUUCGCUCAAGUGCAAUCCGUACUUCAAAACGUUGAUCAAAUGGCUCGGAGUCAAGAAGGUAUCUCUGGGAGACGCCAGCAAGGAACAGCGAACUCACGCCGAGUUGAAUGCCUACAUUACGGACAAUUCUGCUCCACUGAUCGAAUGGAGCCAGUUUGCUCAGGAGAUUUGUCAGACCGGUAAGAAUGGUGCGGAUUCGCCAGUACUAAUCAAAGAUACCGAGCAGGACGACGACGAUGAUGACGAUGUCGCGGAAGAUGAAACGGAAGAUGAUGAUGAGUACUCGGACGAACAGAUCACUGAUGUGAUCGAUAGCCGAGACAACGCAAACGAGCUGUACGAUGAUGCCCUAGAGGAUGAUGACGAAGAAGACGAAAUCAUCGAAGCUGCCAACGGGGUGCAGAACUUUGGACAAGCUAUCCUGACUGGUAAUGGCAAAUCCGAAGAUCCAUUAGAGGAGGAAGUACUCAUUCUUGACGGCAACACUCUGCUGCAAAUCAGUGGUCUUUGGCUGCCGAUCUUCUGCAUCGCCCUGGGCAUUGUAGUGAUUUGCCUCGCCGUCAAUAGGAUCUUCGCGAUCAUGAUGAGGAAACGAGGCGAACGCUACCGCCAGGCGCUGCUGGCUUCCAAGAACUCGAUCGUCUACCAGAAACUGACGGAAGACAUUACGGCGCCCAAAACACCCAAGGUGCACCGGUACGCUCCGAUUCAGCAGGUCUAACGUUGAGACCUUGUCCUUCUCCUUCGUAGAACUACUUAACAUCAAACAGCCACGCAAGCUUCCGAGCGGUCGUUCCCCGGCGGAGGACCUUCUUCCAAGCGCUGCAAGAAAAGAUUUCCAGUCCUUCCAAACUACAACAGUCAGCUAUUUACGAUUUUUUUUUGUAACAAAUUAUAUUAGUAGUAAGGUAUCAGAGUACUUAUAGCGAGAGGAUAAAGUGAGCAAACAUAAGCAGCAGUAAUUGUAUUUAUUAAGUUUUUUCUUUUCACUUAAAACGCAAAAAAUAGUAGAUGUGCACUGAUAUCUUUUAACAGGACAAAACCCCCAACAAACAGACAAUUAACGGUCACCGAUUAGAAUCUUGGAAGACGUAUAAAGUGUGCUUUUUUUUGUUGAACAUUCCGUUGUAUACCAAUUUACUGAGAAUAUUUUCCCUGAUGUUUCACGUUACUCUUCAUGUUUCCUCCUAUUUACCCUCACAAGAAGAAGCAAUUCCGCUCCAAUUUUCGUUCCGGACUAUAUAUACAUAUUUAUACACAUAGGCAUAUCGAACCACCAAAACGAAAAUUUAUAGAAGCUCACACCAUCGGUGAGCAGAUCAAAGGAUGAAGAUUAUAGUAAUAAUGAUAUAGACAAAAGUAUUAAUACUUCCACCAUGUGCCAUUGGAUAAAGAAACACAACUCAGCAAACACCACACACAUACAGAGAUAACAAUGGAAGAAUUGAAUAAAGAAAUUUGGAUUUCCCUAACCCUGCGGUCUUGUUUGGCUUGACGGAGAAGUAUAAAAAAUACAGAAAACAUGGCCAAAUGUAUUGCAAAGAAACCUAUUGGUGAGAGCCUGGAGCAUAGUCUGUCUGGAAACAAAAACGAAAACUUGAGUGUAUUAUUUUUUUCUCUUUAAAUUAUUGUGGAACCAUUUUACAACUGAUAACAAUUUGUCGUUUGUUUUGAUAAAAUAAAGCGGUUUUAUCAAACUCA